CUGCCUCACAUCUCUCUCUCCAAAUUCUCUGUAUUUGGUCCAAUCUCUCUCUCUCUCUCUAAAAUCGAAUACAUUUUUAUUUUUGUUCUUUAUGGAUUGAAUCUUACCAUCGUGUCCCGUGCCAAAAAGCUUUCCUGGGUUCAAUAACUUUUAGGGUUUCUUUUCAAUCUCUCUCGUGUUAUAGGCAAGGUGACAAUAAAGCAAGAACCUUUAGGGGUUAUAGAUUUCAAAUCCAGAGUGAUAGGAUUCGAUCAUGGGUGAACUUGAAGAUAUUGGAGCUGAUAUCUGCUCGGAUAUCGAAGUUGAUGACAUAAGGUGUCACAAUAUUGCGGAAAAAGAUGUCAGUGAUGAAGAAAUUGAGGCGGAAGACUUGGAGACACGAAUGUGGAAGGAUCGUAUCAAACUAAAAAGAAUUAAAGAAAGGCAGAAGCUUGCAGCCCUGCAAGCUGCAGAGAAGCAGAAAUCCAAGCCAGCCUCUGAUCAGGCUCAGAGGAAGAAAAUGUCGAGAGCCCAAGAUGGCAUUCUGAAGUACAUGUUGAAGCUAAUGGAAGUGUGCAAAGCACGUGGAUUCGUGUAUGGCAUCAUUCCUGAGAAGGGUAAACCUGUGAGUGGUGCAUCAGAUAACAUAAGAGCUUGGUGGAAAGAAAAGGUGAAGUUUGAUAAGAAUGGGCCAGCAGCAAUUGCAAAGUAUGAGGCCGAGUGUCUUGCCAUGGCUGAGUCAGUUAACAAUCGAAAUGGGAACCCCCAAAGUUUUCUUCAGGAACUGCAAGAUGCAACUCUGGGCUCUCUCUUGUCUUCUUUGAUGCAACACUGUGAUCCCCCCCAGAGGAAGUACCCUUUAGAGAAGGGGAUUCCACCACCUUGGUGGCCAACUGGGAAUGAAGAUUGGUGGGUCAAAUUAGGGCUUCCUCAGGGUCAGAGUCCUCCUUAUAAGAAACCACAUGACCUUAAGAAGAUGUGGAAAGUUGGGGUGUUAACAGCUGUGAUAAAGCACAUGUCACCCGAUAUUGCUAAGAUUAGAAGGCAUGUGCGGCAGUCAAAAUGCUUGCAGGAUAAAAUGACUGCAAAGGAGAGUGCAAUUUGGUUGGGAGUUUUAAGUCGUGAGGAGUCCGUAAUUCGGCAGCCUAGCAGUGAUAAUGGGUCAUCAGGUGUCACUGAAAUGCCUUCAGUUGGACAUGGUGGUAAGAAGCGACAGGCCACUAGCAGUGACAGUGACUAUGAUGUUGAUGGUAUUGACGAUGGAGUAGGUUCUGUUUCAUCAAAAGAUGACAGGAGAAAUCAACAAGUUGAUACGGAACCAUUAACCGCUCUAAGGGAUGAACCUUCUCAUACCGGCCAGCAGCCAGAUCAAGGCAAAAGGCAACCAAAGAGAAUAAAAUCUCGAGCAAAAUCAAGCAAUGAGAAUCAACAGGCUGGGCCUUCUUCAAGUGAGCAUCCGCAAGCUGAGCAGAGAAACACUCUACCUGAUAUAAACCACGCUGAUUCACAGGCAGUUGAAUAUAAUAUGCGUGACACUCAGACAGAAAAUGAUACAAUUACAGCUUUGAGAUCUAAGGAGAUAGGUAUUGCGAGCCAGUCCCAACUACCAGCAUCGCAGUACCACCAUUCUUCUUCCAUUCAUCCGACCAAUAUAGUUUCCUCGCAGAGCAUGUAUGUGGAUGGAAGGCCCUCACUUUAUCCAUUGAUGCAAAGUGCAGAGUUGCAACAAGGAGCUUCCUACAACGUCUACCAUCCAUCGGCUGAAUUUGGGCCCAGUCAUGAUGGGCAAUACUCUAUGAUGACAAUGAAUGUUCCACAGAUUAGGCCAGAGGAGAAUGGGGUUGAUUUACCAGCGCUGCAUGGGAAUGGAAAUGAAUUUACUGAAGCAGAGUUAAAUCCUUUCUCAAAAGAAACAUUUCACAAUGAGCAAGGUAGACCUGUUGAUACUAAUUUUGGAUCUCCGCUGAAUAGUCUGUCAUUAGAUUUUGGAGGACUCGGCAGCCCAUUUACUAUGGGACUUGAUGGCACAAGUUCACUUGAGGAACUAUUUUAUGAUGACGACAUAAUGCAGUACUUUGCAUCAUAGCAUGGGAAAAUAAACACUUUGGAGUACAGAAUGGAUUGCAAAAGCACUGCAGCCACUUCAACCUUGUGUAGGUGUAGUAGAAGUUUGAUCGACAAGACUGUGAGUCACGAAAUUGUUCUAUUUUUUCUUCCAAUAACUCAUCAUGCCGAAGAGAGAAAGCAGAAGCAUGAUUUUUCUUUCUUCUUCACUUGUUUCUCUUAGCUGCUCCUGGGGGUUGUGCCCCAUGGUAAGUGGACCUACAGAAGGGGGGUUAUGUAAACAUGAUUAGUGAUAGCAUAUAUUUAAUUAUUAAUUAUUACCUUGGGACCAAACUAGUUUUCAAUAACUUCAGAGUCUUGCUUUCCUUUCUGCUAAUGCAAGUUUGUAACUUUGUAUAUAAAUUUUAUUUUUUCACUUGAGGCAUUAUUCUUCUGAUGGUUUGCUGAAUUUGCAAGCUGUCUGCGUUGGUCUAA